AUGCCCGUAGAUCUGUCGCUCUAUCUGGUCACGGAUUCGACCCCGGCCAUUCUCAAGGGGCGGGAUUUAUGUACAGUGGUAGAAAGUGCUUUGCAAGGAGGUGAGUGCUGCUCCAGCCUUCUGCCAAUUAUUCAAUUAACCCCUGCAGGCGUGACGGUGGUGCAAUACCGGGACAAGACCAACGACACUGGUGUCCAGGUGGAAACUGCCCGGAAACUACACCAGGUAACCAAGAAAUACAAGGUGCCUCUUCUGAUCAAUGACCGGGUUGAUGUGGCUCUUGCCAUUGGUGCGGAGGGUGUGCAUCUAGGUCAAGAUGAUAUGAGCUUCAUGGAAGCAAAGAAGCUUCUUCCAGAGAAUGCAAUCAUUGGUAUCAGUACAUCCUCGGUCGAGGAGGCAAGAAAAGCCGCCGCCGAUGGCGCCGACUAUAUCGGAAUUGGUACCAUGUUUGCCACCCCGACGAAAACCAAUACCAAGUCAGUCAUCGGGACGGCAGGUACUCAAGUCAUCUUGGAUGCCAUUAAAGAUUCCGCCAUAGGCACUGUUUCGAUCGGCGGCAUCAACCACUCCAACGUGCAACGAGUGCUCUAUCAGUCACAGUCACCAAAAAAAGCACUGGAUGGAGUGGCGAUUGUUAGCGCCAUCGUGGCAGCCGACGACCCUAAAGCAUCUGCCGAGCAAUUCGUCAACCUCAUCCGAAACCCUCCCCGGUUUGCGCAGGCUUCCAAUCCUCCUCGUGCUAACGAGGCUGAGGCCUUGUUGAAUAAGGUGCCCCAAAUCAUCCGUAAUAUGGUCAAGGUGCAUCCUCUCGUACACAACAUGAUCAAUUUCGUUGUGUCGAACUUUGUGGCCAAUGUCGCCCUUUCCAUUGGCGCAUCUCCCAUCAUGUCCCCGUAUGGCGAUGAAGCCACGGACUUGUGCAAAUUCGAUGGCGCCCUUCUGAUCAACAUGGGUACAUUGACUAGCGAGAGUGUCUCAAACUACCUAAAAGCCAUUAAGGCAUACAAUGAUCGGGGCAACCCAGUGGUCUACGACCCAGUCGGUGCGGCUGCGACACACAUUCGCCGCAACGCAGUGACUCAGCUUAUGGCCGGGGGUUACUUUGAUCUGAUCAAGGGCAACGAGGGCGAGAUUCGCCAAGUUUGGGGUAGCAGUGCUGUUCAACAGCGCGGCGUCGAUAGCGGACCAAGUACCCUUGACGGCAACCAAAAAGCUACCUUGGCUCGGGACCUGGCUCGCAGGGAGCGAAACGUUGUGCUAUUGACCGGAGCAACAGACUACCUGAGCGAUGGCGAGCGGGUCAUUGCCGUCGAGAACGGCCACCCAUACCUGGGCCAAGUGACCGGAACUGGCUGUGCCGUCGGUACAAUCUCCGGUUGCUUCUUGAGUGCCCACCGCUCCGACAGACUCCUCGCAGUGCUGUCCGGAAUUCUCAUGUAUGAGAUCGCGGCGGAGAACGCCGCGGCCAAAGAGUAUGUUCGCGGCCCAGGCAGUUUCGUCCCGGCGUUUGUCGACGAGCUUUACGCCAUCCGCACAGCGGCGGCAAACGGUGAUGAUAGCUGGUUCGACGGCCGGGCCAAGGUGCAUGAGGAACUACCAAUCGCCGCAAUCAUGGCUCUUCCCACGCGGGCAUCUCGAAUCCGCAAUCCCGCACUCUUCAUCUGCGACAUCCAAGACAAAUUCCGCAAUGGAAUCUACGAGUUCCCCAAAUUGGUCUCAACAACAGAAAAGAUGCUCCGGGCAGCCUCGACCCUCCAAAUCCCCGUGUUUAUAACAACUCAAAACCGCGCCAAACUCGGCAAAACCGUGCCAGAACUCCAACAACACCUCAACGGCCCACACAUCCGCGCCGACGUAGACAAAACCCUCUUCUCAAUGAUAACCCCGGAGAUCGAGAAACUGCUCCCAGCGCCAGACUCGGCACCCCUCGACGUGGUAAUCGUCGGGAUCGAGACGCACAUCUGCGUGACGCAGACGACGCUCGAUCUCCUCGAGCGCGGUCACCGCGUUUACAUCCUCGUUGAUGGCGUUAGCAGUAUUAACCCCGAGGAGAGGGGCAUUGCGCUUGCUAGGUUGAGGGAUGCCGGGGCUGUUGUUACGAGUAGUGAGAGUGUGCUUUUUGAGAUUCUUGGUGAUGCUGCGCAUGAGGCGUUCCGGGCUGUUAGUGGGCUUGUUAAGGAGACGAAAGAGACUACGAAGGGGGCUUUGGGGGUUUUUUCGAAGAUUUGA